AGGCAAGUCGGGGAGACAGAAAUUGGGGAGGGAAGGCAACCAUCGGGACAAGAGGCAUGAAGGGGCUGGAGGGGAGGAGCCCUCAGGGAUCCUAUUUCAACAAGCGGCUCUUUCCCGAGCAGGAGAGGGGGGCUGAGGGGGAGAGAGACCUAUUUAAAGCUACCCUGUUACUUCGGCUGUCUCUGUCCGUCUGACUCGAUCUCCGACUGUCCCGCCUGUCCGAGUUGACGAUCCUUCCCAUUGGCCUCUCCGUUCUCAGUCCCUGCAGUUCCUCUGCCCCAAGAUGGGCCGCGGGACUGGCCGAGAGUAUUCGCCUGCCGCCACCACCACAGAAAAUGGGGGCGGCAAGAAGAAGCAAAAAGAGAAGGAAUUGGAUGAAUUGAAGAAGGAAGUGGCCAUGGAUGACCACAAGCUGUCCCUGGAUGAGUUGGGUCGAAAGUACCAGGUAGACCUGUCCAAGGGCCUCACCAACCAGCGGGCCCAGGAUAUCUUGGCCCGGGAUGGACCCAACGCUCUCACUCCACCACCCACCACCCCAGAAUGGGUCAAAUUCUGUCGACAGCUCUUUGGGGGCUUCUCCAUCCUGCUCUGGAUUGGGGCUCUGCUCUGCUUCCUGGCCUAUGGCAUCCAGGCAGCCAUGGAAGAUGAGCCAUCCAAUGACAAUCUCUACCUGGGUGUGGUCCUGGCAGCUGUGGUCAUUGUCACUGGCUGUUUCUCCUACUAUCAGGAGGCCAAGAGCUCCAAGAUCAUGGAUUCCUUCAAGAAUAUGGUGCCACAGCAAGCUCUGGUGGUUCGCGAGGGUGAGAAAAUGCAGAUCAAUGCAGAGGAAGUGGUGGUAGGAGACCUGGUGGAGGUGAAGGGUGGAGAUCGUGUCCCAGCUGACCUCCGGAUCAUCUCUUCUCAUGGUUGCAAAGUGGACAACUCAUCCCUGACAGGCGAGUCGGAACCACAGACCCGUUCCCCUGAGUUUACCCAUGAGAAUCCCUUGGAGACCCGAAAUAUCUGCUUCUUCUCCACCAACUGUGUGGAAGGCACAGCCAGGGGCAUCGUAAUAGCUACAGGUGACCGGACUGUGAUGGGCCGAAUAGCCACUCUGGCCUCAGGUCUGGAGGUUGGUCGGACACCUAUUGCCAUGGAGAUCGAGCACUUUAUCCAACUGAUCACUGGAGUGGCUGUCUUCCUCGGUGUCUCCUUCUUCGUUCUCUCUCUCAUCCUGGGCUACAGCUGGCUAGAGGCCGUCAUCUUCCUCAUUGGCAUCAUUGUGGCCAACGUGCCAGAGGGGCUCCUGGCUACUGUCACUGUGUGCCUAACCCUGACAGCCAAGCGAAUGGCCCGGAAGAACUGUCUGGUGAAGAACCUUGAGGCUGUGGAGACCCUGGGCUCCACCUCCACCAUCUGCUCAGACAAGACAGGCACCCUCACCCAGAACCGGAUGACUGUGGCUCACAUGUGGUUUGACAACCAGAUCCAUGAGGCUGAUACCACUGAAGACCAGUCUGGUGCCACAUUUGACAAACGUUCCCCCACCUGGACUGCUUUGUCUCGAAUUGCUGGCCUCUGCAAUCGUGCGGUCUUCAAGGCUGGGCAGGAGAAUAUCUCAGUAUCUAAGCGGGAUACAGCUGGUGAUGCCUCUGAGUCCGCUCUGCUCAAGUGUAUUGAGCUAUCAUGUGGCUCCGUCAGAAAGAUGAGGGAAAGGAACCCCAAAGUGGCUGAAAUACCCUUCAACUCCACCAACAAGUACCAGCUGUCCAUCCAUGAGCGGGAAGACAGUCCCCAGAGCCAUGUGCUGGUGAUGAAGGGAGCUCCGGAGAGGAUUCUGGACCGAUGCUCCUCCAUCCUUGUCCAGGGCAAGGAGAUUCCUCUGGACAAGGAGAUGCAGGAUGCCUUCCAAAAUGCCUACAUGGAGCUGGGAGGACUGGGGGAGCGUGUGCUUGGGUUUUGCCACCUCAACCUACCCUCUGCGAAAUUCCCUCGGGGCUUCAAGUUUGAUACCGAUGAGUUGAACUUCCCCACAGAAAAGCUCUGCUUUGUGGGGCUCAUGUCCAUGAUUGACCCUCCUAGGGCUGCUGUGCCUGAUGCUGUGGGCAAGUGCAGAAGUGCAGGGAUCAAGGUGAUUAUGGUGACUGGGGACCAUCCUAUCACAGCAAAAGCCAUCGCCAAGGGUGUGGGCAUUAUCUCAGAGGGUAACGAGACAGUAGAAGACAUUGCUGCCCGGCUCAAUAUCCCUGUCAGCCAGGUCAAUCCUAGGGAAGCCAAGGCCUGUGUGGUGCAUGGAUCUGACCUGAAGGACAUGACAUCAGAGCAUCUGGAUGAAAUCCUCAAGAAUCACACAGAGAUUGUCUUUGCUCGAACUUCUCCACAACAGAAGCUCAUCAUUGUGGAGGGCUGUCAGAGACAGGGUGCCAUCGUGGCAGUGACAGGUGAUGGAGUGAAUGACUCUCCUGCCCUGAAAAAGGCUGACAUUGGCAUUGCCAUGGGGAUCUCUGGCUCUGAUGUCUCCAAGCAGGCAGCUGAUAUGAUCUUACUAGAUGACAACUUUGCUUCCAUUGUCACUGGCGUGGAGGAGGGCCGCCUGAUCUUUGACAACCUGAAGAAGUCCAUUGCCUACACUCUGACCAGUAACAUCCCAGAGAUCACUCCUUUCCUGCUCUUUAUCAUUGCCAACAUUCCCUUGCCUCUGGGCACUGUGACAAUCCUUUGCAUUGACCUGGGCACUGACAUGGUACCAGCUAUCUCCUUGGCCUAUGAAGCAGCUGAAAGUGACAUCAUGAAACGCCAGCCUCGGAACCCACAGACGGACAAGCUGGUGAAUGAGAGGCUCAUCAGUAUGGCCUAUGGUCAAAUUGGGAUGAUCCAGGCAUUGGGUGGCUUUUUUACCUACUUUGUGAUCCUGGCGGAGAAUGGUUUCCUGCCUUCACGGCUCCUCGGCAUCCGACUUGAUUGGGAUGAUCGCUCUAAGAAUGAUCUGGAGGAUAGUUAUGGACAAGAGUGGACCUACGAGCAGCGGAAGGUGGUAGAGUUCACAUGCCACACAGCCUUCUUUGCCAGCAUUGUAGUUGUCCAAUGGGCUGAUCUCAUCAUCUGCAAGACCCGCCGUAAUUCUGUCUUCCAGCAGGGCAUGAAAAACAAGAUCUUGAUCUUUGGACUGCUGGAAGAGACAGCUCUGGCCGCCUUUUUGUCCUACUGCCCAGGCAUGGGCUUAGCUCUACGAAUGUACCCACUCAAGGUCACAUGGUGGUUCUGUGCCUUCCCCUAUAGUCUCCUUAUCUUCAUCUAUGAUGAGGUCCGAAAACUCAUCCUGCGGCGCUAUCCUGGUGGCUGGGUCGAGAAGGAGACAUACUACUGAGCUGAGCAGAGGAUGAACCAGGCACCAAACAGAUAGGGGUGCCCUGUCGGGGGGUGGGAAAGGGUGGGUACAUCUGAGAUAAAGUUGUGGGAGGGUUGUAGGGAGGUGGGAGGGCAGCCCAUCCAACUGAGGUUUGGGCCAGGGUAGGAUAGGAAUGGGGUGUAGGGUGAUUGCCCUGUAGACCUAACUGUGAAAAAUCAGUCUAGACACUAAAUGUUGGGAUCCCCUCCCCAGGUCCUACCCCUACUGUGUUCAUCUCUUCUGCUCUUCAUGGAGGCUUGAAAUCAUUCUAGCCCUCCAUAACUCCCCAUAGAGAUCAGGUUGCAAUGGCAGAGGAGUCUAUAUGAAUCUGAGGAUAAUGCCCAGGCUUGGAGAGGAGAGAAAACCAUUUAGGUCCUCAAUGACCUAGAGCCAUUUUGUUAUCUCACCUCACUUCAUUCCCUGUUACCACCUAUUCAUUUUCUCUCCAUCCAACUCUGUCCUCAAUGGUCCCCACUUCCCUGCCCCAGACCUCAAAACCACCAUCUACUUCUGCUAGUGAGAAAUGGGAGUGUGCGAAACAGGAGCGAAAGAACAGCCCUUCCCCAUAGGGACUCCACACAUGGGGAACAGUAUGAAACAGGUAGAAAUGCUCUAAUUCAGAGAGAGACAAGGCCAAAUAGAGAACAAAGGAGAGGGGGGAACAGAAAGGAGAUAGCUAGGAGAGAGUGUAGGGGUAAGAUCAGCCAUCAGUUGCUGAAAGAAACAGAUUACAAGAGACGGGUGACGGUGGCUUUUGAAGCAUUUUGACAUUUUUAUCAACAAGCCUUGCCCCAGAUGUGUCUCUGUUGUAGAAGAGGGCAGGACCCAACCAGCAGACAUCCAAAUUGGAAUUCUUGAAAGAAUAGUGGCAAGUAAUGCUAAAACAAACAAACAAACAAAAAACAGCAUAGGAAGUUGCAACUCAGAUUCCAACUACAACAAGAGCCAGGGGUUCCAGGCAAACAAAAAGGCAACUACAACUUCUCCCUCAUAGUGUUCUUUGGGAUGGGAUGCUGAGUCCUCAAGAGCCUCCUAAUUGUGUGGAAGAAAGAACUUACCAGGUCACUAUUCCCUGAGUCCCUUUGAAAGAAUUUAUGCAUUGUCGUGGUGAAUGUGCCUGGAAGAAAAAGCCCAAGUUUUCAGAAUGAAAUUGUGAGCCCAAAGACUGAAACUUCUUUGACAAUCCAAGGCAGGCUUAGUAUAUCACCUUGGUUCACGGCCUUCAUACAAAAAGGAGUAAAACCACUGCUUUAAGAAUAGCCUUUGGUUUCUAAGAAUGUAAGGCAAUUUCUGUCCAGACAAAUGCCUUUCACAUAGUCUGAACACUCAUUAACACUUGGCAUUAUACAAUCUCCACGAAACAGAAGGAUCACUUCUGAUCCCUACCAUAAUUGAACUCCUUUCCCUUACAACUACCAACCUAGUACUUUCACUCUCUGGGCACUUUUAUCCUCUUUUCCAACUCUAGCUCAAGGAGCAAAGGGUAUGUAUGCCCUAUAGAAAGCAUUGAGCAAGCGAGAGAGACCAAAGGGGGAAAGGAGAGGAAGAGUGGCUACAAAGGGGUAAAAACUAAUAGGUAAGGAAGAGAAACAGAUAUAGAGCAAAUCCCAUAACAAAAUCCCAGUUGACUGCCCAUAUUCUUGAAUUGUACCAGUUACUUUUUUUUAUUAGAAGUCAGCUAAUGCUUAAAAAUCUUGUCUUUGAAAAAACACCUUAAUUUGAACCCUACAAGUUUGGAAUGAAUGAAAAUUUGGACAAAAAACUUCUCAUUAUCUAUGGGAAAAAAGAAUUUCCUAAGAAAAAUUAAAUAAGAGCAUAAUCAGGAUUAUUGGGGGGCAUAUUUAGUAGUCAAAGCAAAUUAUAGCCACUUAGGAGCAUUUAUUUACAAUGAAUUACUAUGAAUGUGCUAAUUACAAAUGAUUUUUAUUCAUUCAUUAAAGAAACUCCAAGACUUGGUGAACCUUUGUUGCCUUUAGUUUGAGUCACUGUAUGUACUUUAAAAAUAAUAAAAAUGCAUUUCCUUUUUAAAAAAAAA